GGAAAUUGGGACCUCAUGGAGGGCCCAGUCAGGCUCCUAAUGAAGUCCGUCGUCAAAUUAUCGAUCGCUUCAUCGGAAGAUGGCGGAAAGAGGUCGGUGAUGAUAUUUAUCCCGCAUUCCGUCUCAUCGUGCCAGAAAAGGAUCGAGACCGAGGCAUGUACGGCCUCAAGGAAAUGACUUUGGGCAAGAUGCUCAUCAGGAUCCUCAAGAUUGACAAGAACAGCGACGAUGGCUAUAGUUUGACGCACUGGAAAUUACCUGGAGUCAAGUCAACGAGCGCGACCACGGGCGACUUCGCGGGACGAUGCUUCGAUGCCAUUAGCAAGCGACCCAUGCGUUCCGAACCUGGUGAUAUGUCCGUCGCCGAAGUCAAUGAGCGACUGGAUAGGCUUUCUGUGGCACAGAAAGAAGAGAACCAGCGACCUAUCUUGGAAGAAUUCUACUCCAGGAUGAAUGCCGAGGAAUUGAUGUGGCUGAUACGCAUUAUCCUUCGACAAAUGAAAGUUGGUGCCACAGAGAAGACCUUCUUCGAACUCUGGCACCCAGAUGCCGACAACCUAUUCAAUAUAUCGAGCAGCCUGCGUCGCGUCUGUUGGGAGCUUCAUGACAAGAAAGUCAGACUCGAGGGUGAUAGUCGGGGAAUCUCGUUGAUGCAAUGCUUCCAGCCUCAGCUGGCCGCGUUUCAAAUGAAAACAUUCGAGCAGAUGAUAGCGAGAAUGGAUCCGACAGACGAGGAUCCCAUUUUCUGGAUUGAAGAAAAGCUCGAUGGUGAGCGUAUACAAUUGCACAUGAUUGAGGACGAUGAGCAGCCAGGCGGCGUGCGAUUUUGCUUCUGGUCACGCAAAGCAAAGGACUAUACAUAUCUUUAUGGCAGUGGAUUUCAGGACGACGACGCAGCGCUGACACGGCACAUCAAGGACGCUUUCAACAGUGGCGUGCGAAAUAUCAUUCUCGAUGGAGAGAUGAUUACUUGGGAUGCCCAGGAGGACUGCAUCGUUGGCUUUGGCACGUUGAAAACAGCGGCAAUUGAGCAGCAGCAGAACCCAUUCGCUGGUGGGCAUAGGCCCCUGUUCCGGGUGUUUGACUGCCUCUAUCUGAAUGACAAGCCAUUGACACAAUACACAUUGCGCAAUCGCCGAGCGGCACUGGAGGCGAGCAUCACUGAUGUCCACCGACGUCUCGAAAUUCACAAAUACCUCGAGUGCAAAACAGCCGCGGAUGUUGAGCUGGAGCUUCGACAAGCUGUGGCCGAGGCAAGUGAGGGCCUGGUGAUGAAGAACCCUCGCUCCGAGUACCGCCUGAAUGAGCGUAACGAUGACUGGAUCAAGGUAAAGCCAGAAUACAUGACAGAGUUUGGCGAAUCAUUGGACUGCAUCGUGGUGGGUGGCUACUUCGGGUCUGGAAAGAGAGGCGGCCAUCACAGCAGCUUCCUGUGUGGACUGUAUCUUCCGUCGGCGUGGCGAGCAGGGCUAGAGCCGCAUGCUCAUCCUCAAAAGACCUGGUCUUUCUUUAAGGUCGGUGGAGGAUUCAGCGCGUCAGACUACGCGCAAAUCCGACAUGAGACUGACGGCAAGUGGAAAGACUGGGAUCGGAAGAAACCACCCACUGAGUGGAUUGAAUUGGGUGGCGGUGAUCGUCAGCAUGAGAAACCAGACCAGUGGAUCAAACCGGAAGACUCCGUUGUCGUAUCCGUCAAAGCAGCCUCCGUCGAGCAAUCAGACCAGUUCAGGACCAAAUUUACCUUGCGAUUUCCCCGAUUCAAGAAACUCCGCACUGACAAGAGCUGGGCGCAAGCCCUGUCCUACGAUGAGUUCAUGACCUUGAAAUACAAUGCAGAGGACCAACAGCACGACAAAAAGCUCAAGGUUGACGAAUCAAGGAAGCAGCGUACGACGAAGCGACAGAAGCGAGAACUCGUGAUACAAGGACAGGAGUGCGACACACAGACAGCCUACGCCGGACCCGCAACACAGGUGUUCGAAGGAUUGGCGUUUUGCAUCAUGACCGAAGCAGGGAAGCCCCUGAAGAAGAGCAAAGCGGAAUUGGAGCAAAUGGUGAAAGCAAACGGUGGCCAGAUUGUUGCAGCACCGAACGACCCAGAUACUAUCCUCAUUGCAGACCGCAACCUUGUGAGGGUGGCUUCGAUUAAGAAGAAUAACAACCGGAACAUCAUCAGGCCUUGUUGGCUGCUCGACUGCAUCAAGCAAAGUGAGCUUGACGCUGGGCGACCGGCUCAUCUGCUACCGCUGGAGCCGCACCACCUCGAGUUUACACACACGGCAGACGAGGGCAAGUUCGACGACAACGUGGAUGAAUUUGGUGAUAGCUAUGCGCGAGACGUCACCGCUCAAGAUCUUCUUGCCUUGUUCAAGGAAAUGCCUACGAAACUUGAAGACGAUUUUGAGCCUUCCGGGGUGCUCCAGCAGUUCAACGAGCAUGGCCACGGGCUAGACGCAGUGACUGCACUAAUGUUUUUUGGGACUAUAGCGUUCUUCGAGGACGCCCGCCCUGAGACCAAGCGUAUAUACAGUUUUGCAGGUGGUAUGAUUGCGGACUCAUUACAAGAGCGCAAUCUUACCCACGUGGUGGUUCCGGCAGGCAGUGACGAUGUGGCUAAGAUACGUCGAGCUAUUUCUUCCAAGACUCAGCAGCCCAGAAUUGUCAGUGAGGAUUGGGUGCGGGAGAGUUGGGCCGAGGAGACCAGACUUGACGAAGAACGUAUGUUCAUUUGCUGAUUCUUCUGGGGCUUGGUAGGUUUCAUGCUGACCGAAAAGCAGGCUUUGAUCCGCGUUGAGCCAACACUUCCUCGAUCCUUCAUCGUCGCGAGGGGGCCUCCGGUGUGGCGAUUUACGCGGUGAGGCGCAAUACUCUGACAGCAUUGCCGCCCAGUAUGUCCUGCUCGACUUUCUCGUCCCCACUCAAGGCCGACUUGAUAGCGCUCAUGUUCGAGGUCACGCUCAGCCAUUGGUCCUCGUCCUCUCCCAAGGGAGGGAAGAAUGGGUGAUCAGUGCCGAACAUAAUUCUGCAAAUUGUCAGCAACUCGCAAAUGUUACGAAGGGGGGCAAGUCACCCUACCGGUCGGCGCCAGAAGCAUCAAUAGCUGCCUUCAGGCCAACAUCGGCGUAGAUCACAGCGUCGAGAUAUAUGUUCUUCUUCAGGACCUCCCAUAUAUCUCUGCGUUUCUCGAUCAUGCCCCCCUUCUUCAGGUGGGCGUCAUGCGCAAUACAGCUCUCGAUUCGGCCAGCCAAGAAGGGCAAUGUUCCCCCGCUGUGUGCUAACAACAUGUUCAGAUCUCUGAAACGAUCGAAUGUACCUGACAGGAUCAUCCUUGUCAUUGCGAUUGUUGUCUCAAGGGGAAAUCCCAUCGCUAACGGCAAGACAUGGCCAUAGUCACCACUUCGUGGACCAAACACUUCACUCGGUAAUCCGUAGUGGGGAUGGAUGAACACCAGCAAUUGUUGCUGUUCUAUCGCCUGCCAGAUUGGGUCCAGCUUGGGGUCAUCGAGACCUUCACCUAGGCCACUGGUUCCCAUGACGAUGCCACGACAGAAUUUCAGCUUCUUCAAUCUCUCCACCUCCUUGACCACAUCCGCCACAUCAGCACUCAAGGGGAGCGUCGCAAAGUGGAACAGCCUGCCUUCGUGCUCCCGACACAUCUUUUCCACGUCAUCAUUCACCAGUUUGGCCAUCUCACUCGCCUCAUCCUUUGCCACCCAAUCCAACCACGGAUUUGCAAUGGAGACGACCGAGAUAUCGAUUCCAUGAGCAUCCAUGAAUUCAAUCUUCUUGGCAACAUCGUAGUACUCGGGUCCAAUGGGUCUGCCUCGAGCUGUUGAGCCCGAUUCUUCUGCGGGGAGAAUCACCAGGCGAUCUCCGGAUGCAACGUCGUCCGGGAAGAGACGCACAUAGGGCACGGCUUGUCGGUCUCGCAGGACGGACAUGAGUGCUGGUGGGUACAUAUGGGUAUGUACAUCGACUGUCGGCAUGUUGGGCGACUUCUUGAAGAUGUUGGUUUGUUCAGGCUUCCGGGCCUUGGCAAUUCAUCUGUGGCUGUCCGAUGUUUCGAAAAGUCGGAUAGCAAGACAGGCUUCUCGUCACUAUUUGACACUGCUCCUGUUGCUGCGGCGAAUCCGAACUUGAGUAAGCUGUUCUACUAAAAGGUGUGCGCAGCUAGCUCUAAUCCGACUUCACGGAAAUCCUCUCAGCGAAAACGCUCUUUUUGGUUGCCACAAGGAAAACCAAAAUCGUCCUUCGUCCCUAACCACUAAACGUACCUUAGACAAGCAAGCAAGCACAGAGCAAGGACAAUGACACAGCCAGCAGCGACAUCAGCAGUAUCUCACGACAAUCUCGAAAUUCCCCUCAUAGACUUCAGCGCCUUCUUACAUCCCGUCGUCCAAGACUCAGAAAAGGACUCGAGUUCCAAACUCCCCACGGCCCUCGCCAUCCUACACGGCUUCCAAACCUCCGGCUUCAUCUACCUCCUCAACCACGGAAUCCCUCGCGAAAAAAUCCGCCAAGCAUUCUCUCUUUCGGCGAAAUUCUUCCAGCGACCCCCAGAGCAGAAAUUGGCCUUGGGAUGGACGACCCCGAAAGCUAAUCGAGGAUAUAGUCAACCAGGAAGAGAGAAAACGACAGAUGCGACAGAUCCGGAGGAAAUUCAAAGGAUUCGAAUGGCUGAGGGACAGGAUUUGAAGGAGUCAUUUGAGAUUGGGAGGGAAGGGGUGGAUCAGGAGGGGUGUGAGAAUUUGUGGCCGGAUCGGUUCGAUGAGGAGGGGAAAGAGGAGGAGGGGGAGGGGAAAGUGUUCAAGAGGGAGAUGUUGGAAUUUUUUGAAUUGGUGAAGCAAUUGCAUGUGCAAAUUAUGAGGGCGAUUGCGGUGGGGUUGGGGAUUGAUGGGUAUUGGUUUGAUGGGUAUACGGAUGCGGGGGAUAAUACGUUACGGUUGUUGCAUUAUCCCGAGGUGGAUGCGGAGGUGUUUAGGAAGAAUAGGAAUACGGUGAGGGCUGGGGCGCAUACGGAUUAUGGUAGUAUAACGUGUCUUUUUCAGGAUAUGCGUGGUGGGCUGCAGGUGCUCAGUCCAAACGGCAACUACAUCGAUGCCACACCCAUCGAAGACGCCAUUGUGGUGAAUGCAGGUGAUCUCCUCGCGCGGUGGAGCAAUGAUACCAUCAAGAGCACCAAGCAUCGCGUGGUGGAGCCACCCUCAACAGCAGAUGUGCACCCCGCUCGAUACUCGAUUGCCUAUUUCUGUAACCCCAAUUUUGAUCGCUUCAUUGAUGCGAUCCCGUCCACGUACGAUGCCAGCAGGCCGAAGAAGUACGAAGGUAUUAACAGUGGAGAUUAUCUAGAACAGCGGCUCUCGGCAACGUACUGACGCAUUUGUACUGCCAUGGUGUCUGUCGGCUCCGGCCGGUGGUUGUCGGCGUGAGAAUGGCGAGAUGCCGAGCUACACGGCAUGUUGGGUGCCUCAACCAGAGUGGCGGUGUGAGUGAUGCGAAUGCGCCUCGACGGCAGGAGGAUGGAAAGGGCGACGGCCAGCUGCACGCCGGCAAAGACGCCGACCAUCAAGGUGGAGUGAGUAAUGAAGCUGACAUUGAUGUAUCCUCAUCAAAAUACCUCAGGUACCUACCUUACCUAUACAUGUACCUACUUCGGUAAGGUAAUGUAGUAGUAGUGUCCAAGCUCCACCAAAGCCCGCAGCUCCAGGCGUUCGCACCCGCUUGGCAGACGCACUAUUAGGUGUACAGAGUAAGACCUGGCUAAGAGAGAUCCGCGAACC